GGUGCAGGUUUGUGCCCUGAGAUGCCAAUUAUGCAAUAAUGCUUUGGUUGCUAACAGUAUUUUGUGCUGUGAAUGCUGCGGUUAAAAGUGAAGUUCAAGUGAAGCGUCUGCGGGUUGAGGAGAGGGAGGGCUGCGCUCACGAGUAACUGUUGGCAUUACAGUUCCCUUUGUGACGGCUAACCCAGCAAGGUAUUCACUUUAACCUUUACAGCAGGAGUCACCUGUUCCACCGUCCAAGAGGAACACAGCAGACGCUUCCAUUGACAGAUGUAAUGGCUUCCUCAGGUAACAUGCUACCAGAAAAACAGUUCCAGUGCAUCAUCUGCCAGCAGGUGUUUAAAGACCCGGUGACGACUCCUUGUGGGCACAACUUCUGCCAGGCCUGCAUCCAGAGCGUGUGGGACAGCAGCGACGCCUGCCGGUGCCCCGCCUGCGACAAGUCCUUUGGGUCCCGGCCCGAAAUAAGCAUCAACACCGCCUUCAAAGAGCUGGCAGACACAUUUAGACAGAUGGUCACCUGCUCUGCAGCCUCACCGCUGUCUGCAGCAUCACCGCUGUCUGCAGCCUCACCUAUGUCUGCAGCCGAGCCGGGCGAGGUGGCGUGCGACGUCUGCGGCGCCAUGUCCCAGCAGGUGAAGGCCUCAAAGUCCUGCCUGGUGUGUCUGACCUCGUACUGCCAAGUCCACCUGGAGCCGCACCAGAGAGUCGCCACCCUGCAGCUGCACAAGCUGAUGGAGCCAGUGAGGGACCUGCAGGACAGGAUGUGCAAGAAGCACGACAGGCUGCUGGAGAUGUUCUGCAAGGAUGAGCAGAUGUGCGUGUGCCAGUUCUGCACUGAGACCGAGCACAAGGAUCACCACACUGUCCUGCUAGAGGACGAGAGCAGGGAGAGGAAGGUCCAGAUGAAGCAGACUGAGGCAGAUUUUCAACAGAUGAUCCAGCAGCGCCUCGAGAAGAUUGAGGAGAUCAAAAACUGUCUGAAGUUCAGCUUGCUGAGUGCAGAGAAGGAGAUGACGGAGAGCGACCGACUCCUAACAUCUCUGAUCCGCUGUGUCGGGGAGAGGCAAGCUGAAGUCCACGCAGAGAUCAAGGAGAAGCAGAGAGCUGCAGAGACGCGGGCGGAGCAGCUCAUCGGUGAGCUGCGGCAGGAAACCACCGAGCUGCAGAGGCGGCAGGCUGAACUGGAGAAGCUGGAGAACUCCGAGGACCACCUGCAUCUUCUACAGAGCUUGCCUUCUCUCGUGUCACCUCCACCCUCCAAAGAGUGGACGGAAAUCAACGUUUGCCCUGAGCUCUGUGUGGGGACGGUGAGGAGAACGGUGUCCAAACUGCAUGACGCCCUGAAGACUGAACUGGAAAGUUUAAAUAAAGAAGAAAUGAAGAGGAUGCAGAAGUAUGCAGUUGAGGUGGUAUUGGACCGGGACACGGCUCAUCCAAACAUCGUCCUGUCCGCUGAUGGGAAAGAGGCAGGUAGAGGCGAGCUGCUGCACGUUGUUCCUGACAUCCCCCAACGCUUCGACCCCGUCCUCUGUGUUCUGGGAAAGAAAGGCUUCCUGUCUGGGAGGUUCUACUUCCAGGUUGCAGUGGGGAGAAAGACCUUCUGGGACCUGGGGGUAGUCAAAGAGUCUGUAAACAGGAAGGGCAUGAUCACCUCCACGCCGGAGAACGGCUUUUGGACAGUACGUCUGAGGAACGGCAUUGAGUAUCGAGCCCUGGAUUCUCCCUCCGUCCUUCUCUCUCUUCAGAAGAAACCCCAGACUCUGGGAGUGUUUACGGACUAUGAGGAGGGAACGGUGUCGUUCUUCGAUGUGGAGGCCGGGUCUCACAUCUACACCUUCUCCGGGUGUUUGUUCUCAGAGAGGAUUUUCCCGUUCUUCAGUCCAGGAGUCUUGGAUGAUGGGAAGAAUGCUGAACCAUUGAUUAUUACGCCUAUCAAUCACGAGCCUUCAAGUUAAAAAUUAGUCUUUGACUUCACUCUCUGGUUAUCGGUGAAGUUUUAUACAAACUUAUUAAAAGUCUAGUUUCCUUCCUAACUGGGUUAUAUAUAAAUCUAAAGUUUAUAAAGUUAGUGGUGAUUAUGCGUUGGACUGUAUAGAAAAGACGGACUUGUCAUCAAAUGUCAUAUGUGAAUAUUGAUCAUUAUAUCAGCUGUGUGAUGAAUGAUCCAGACAAAGUUACUAUAAAGUAAUUAGAACAAGUUCAGCACAGGAACCUGCUACCUGCAGGUGAACGAAACUUGAGAAAAGCACAAAAAAACGUGAAGGUGUUUUGUCCUCAGGGAUUUACCAAGUCUCUGCAACACUUAUAGCCCCAAAAACCUCUUGGUCUACGUUUUGAAUUCACAAUGUGUGUGCCUACCUGAAUGAAUGAAAUACUGAGAUUUCUUUUUUC